AUGCCAUAUCUAGUCCAGCCACCCGCGCAAUCCAUCGAAGCUUGCGACCCGCUGUUCACCUACGUGCUUGACGACCCUGUCCCCUCGGAAAUCCGUAUACUCAAGGACCUUCAGAAACGGGGUUGGGAAGUCUCCGUGCAUUUCCACGAUGAUGCGGUUUAUCUCAAUGCUACGAAAGAGAUUGGAAAGGCGAUAAAAGCGAUACGGCGCAGGACGCAGAUGAUACAUGGGGAUAUGGUUGGGGACAGUCCCAGGUUGACUCUCGAGGAAAUGUGGCAGAGGGAGAUGACUAGCAAGUCGGAACAAGAACUCUACGAUAUUAAGGAGAAAGAGAAAUUUAACGAUGCAGCAAGCAUAAUGUCGCGGAUGACAGAGCAGAGAGCUUGGGUGCGUUGGGCUGAUGAGGAGGCUGGGUUGGAGCCGGAGAGUCCUAACGUAGUGCAAGCCACCGAUAGACAGUCCUACCUGUCGCACGCUCUGAGAUCAGACAACUGUGAGGACUCAGUCAACGACGUUUACGAAGGGUCUGCUGGCAGCCCCAGUACGAGCACACAUACUUGCAACGCAUCUCGUUUUAUUGAAGAACACGAACCCGACUGGCAUACAUUUGUACCACGUCACUCUACCCAACGCGCUGCGCAUCAGCCUGCAGGUCAGGCAGCCUCAUCCUCUUCUAUGUCUUCUACAACCUCUCCUUCUUCAGAAGCCCCAGUCGGUCUCAUGGGUAUGUCCGGAUACUGGUGUCCGCCCGUUCUUCAAGCCCGGCCGCAAAAGAACCCUCAGUCUCAAUCCAUCGCACCAAGCGCUGUGCUUCCAUCACGAGACUCGAAGGAGACUCGGAAGCUCAAGAAGAAAGUUACCCGCCGUGACUCAGAACCCUCGGUGGGGAAGUAUCUGCCACUUGGGUUUGUCAGGCCCCUGUCUUGGGUGAAAGGAAAGCGAAGCGCGAAUGAAGGGGCCAGUGCAGAUGCAACCGCACCAGAUGAGCAACAAACCACCGCUCGAUCAGAGGGUUCCUUUGGCCCUUAUCAACGCACCACUCCCACGCAAUCUGUUCCAAACAUUCACCUGCAAGAGUAUUCCUCCACCUUCCUUCAACCUGAACCACGGAACACAUCCCCCGCCUUUUCCACUACCUCCAGUCUCAUAUUCCCUGGCCGUGAGAUAACCCCAGAAGCCUACUUCCAGCGCACGAACCGACCCCGGAAGAAUCUACAGCCGCGCCAGCUUACACCACCUCCAGGACUGGAAAACGAUCCCUACAUGUGGCAAGUGUGGGACCGCGGCCGUAAAAGGCAGCAAGACAAGACUGAUCGUGUGCUGGGCAAAGACAGCAUGCAAAGACAAGAUAGCGGCAAUGCUAGUUGGUAUGAUGGGUUCCAGAAGAUGAUGAAGGAGAAGGAAGCAAAGGUGGCCAAGGAAGAGAAGAAGGCUGAGAAGAAGGCGAGGAAGCAGAGGGAGAAAGAGGAGAAGGAAGAGCGGAUACGCAAGGAGAAUAGGGAGAAAGAAGAGCGGAUACGCAGAGAGAAUGAGGUGAGGGAGGCUUUGAGGAAAAAGGGUGAUUUUGCAGCGGAAGGCCAAGCCGAGGAGCCGUAUUCCUAUCACGAAUGGGGCUACACCAUCUACCGCACAUGCUACACGCCAGAAUCUGAAUCGCAAUGGGAAUCUCUAACCGAAGCCAUUCAAUUAGGAGUCGAAAAAUCCUUCCCUGGGUCGCAAAACGAUGAGCCACUGACAACAUCUCAACUCCUGCGCUCCCUCCUACGUCUAGACUUCCGCUCCGAUGCUUCCCUGUACAAUGGUCUUAGUAUCGAACAGCUUCGCCAGACCUAUCUCCAUCCUGCAGAAGAUUCCGUGCCCCCGCCGAAUUUCUACAGGAGCGACCGUGUCUUCCUUGUCGCUGACGCAGAAGUUCUGAUGGAUCCCUAUUUUCUGCCGAAAGAGAACGAGACGCCAAAAGUACCCGUUGACAACAACACAAGCGACGUUGCAACCACGCAGACAAAACCUCUGGUACCAAGCGACGAUGGCUCAAAUGUGUCGAGGUAG